AUGGCGGCAGUUGCGGUUGUAUGGUGGCAUGAGAAGUAUAUGGAAAGGUACCAAAACAGGAAGAAUUUUAUUGCAACAAAUGUCUUAGGAGCUUGUUCUCGUGACUUGAAAUUUGUUUAUGUUUUACCUGGUUGGGAAGGAUCAGCUGGCGAUGGCAAGGUUCAUGGCUACCCGUUAUCACCUUAUGAGUGGUCAACAAGCGGGAGCAACCCAAGAACUUACAAGGAGCUGUUUAAUCUUAGACAUUCAAUUGCCAGAAAUGUGAUUGAAAGAGCAUUUGGAUUGCUCAAAAAGCGUUGGGCUAUCUUAAGGACUGAUUCGUUCUUGAAAUUGAAGACACGAGUCAAUAUCAUAAGCGCAUGUGCCAUCCUCCACAACUUCAUCCGAAUUGACAAGCCAAAUGAUCCAUUAUUAGAUGAGGUAGAAGCUGAAUUAGCUAGACAAUCUGGUCAUGGUGAUGAUGACGUGGUUCAUGGUGAUGUUGAUGUGGAAGUUGGUGAGGAGGAUAUUGAUGUUCAUGGUGGUACAAUCCCUAUAGCUAAUACAGAUCGUAUUAGGACAAUCCGGACAACAAAUGAAUGGACUCAAAUAAGAGAUGCGCUGGCACAAGCGAUGUUUGUUGAAUAUCAACAAAGAAGAGGAAAUUUAUGA